CACUUCCUCUCUGUGAGCCAAGCGGUGUCAGUGUGGCUGCCUGAGAGUGCUGGACAGGAUGCCGAGAAGACCCUCUCCCCUCACCUACACGCCUAUCACUGACGGCAAAAAUGGCAGGAUGAUGGAACCAGAAAAUCCUACGGGCUCCCAGGAUCCCGCCCAGGCGGCCGCGAAGAGCCGCCUGGAGGAGACGCAGCAGCAGGUGAACGAUGUGGUGGGCAUCAUGCGGCAGAACGUGGAGCGCAUCGUGGAGAGAGAGGAGCGGCUCAACGAACUCGAUCAGCGGGCCUCCUACCUCACCACCAGCGCUUCUGAGUUCCAAACGACGUCCAGGAAGCUGAAGAAGAAGUACUGGUGGAAGAACCUGAAGAUGAUGCUGAUACUGGGCGGGGUGAUCGCCUUCAUCAUCGCCAUCAUCCUCCUCGUCGUCUUCACGGGUAACAGCGGCGACAGCGAUGGCGGUGGGGGACAGGUGACGACAACGACGACAACAACCACAGCAGCACCAGCAUCGGCAGGAGCAUAGCCGUGACUAAUGAAACUCCGCGACCUUUAGGCAGUCAGCCGGAGCCCAAUGUUGCUGGCGGGAUGUUGCUCCGCGUAGUUAGUCUCUCUUAUACUCAUUCUUGUACGUGAUGGCUGGGGAGAUUGUAUCAUUGUGUUAUUAUCAUUAUUUUUUUUCUUCAAAAUUUCAGUUUUUUUAGUCAAAUAUUAUUUUCGGUGAUAUGUUUUAUCAGCGGUCAUGCUAUGUUCCGAUGAGGCCACCAAUUUCUUAAGUUCCCUCUGUUUUGUUCAUCAUUCAGAUCCAAUCUCCUCAGACUUACAAAAAACGUUUAUGUGGAGGAGUUGAACAGAUAAUCAACCAUCAUUUAAGAAGAAAAACUAUUCUUUGACUAUGGAAGAGAAGGAAAUAUUUUAGAUUAUGAAAGUCACUUUGGUAAAUAUCGUCUUUUCUUAUGUGCACAGAUUUUUUCCUCUUCGUAUGCUUAGAAAUGUUAAAUAUUUUCAUAUUCGAAAACAUCCCAUAAAUAUGACAACCCCCUGCAAAGUGGCAUUAUAUGGAUUAACGUUACCAAAGUAUCAUUUGCACAAAAUAUCCAGAAGGUAAUGGUGUAUAAUUUUGGGAAAAGUUUACUUAAUUGAACGUUAUUAGUUAUUAGAACGUUUUUAGCAACCAAAAGACUCAAAAGGUGGAUAUAAAGCUCAAACUGGUUUUGGCAAGCGCCCAGUGCUUGGUACUGCUCGCGGGAAAUACAGUUGUCUGUUUAUCCUUUAAAACUAGACUAUAAGAAUCGGUGUCUAUUCGGUUGUAUAUGUUCUGUCCACGAAGCUUGGUCACAUAAUUCUUAUAAUGAUCUUUGUGGGCUGUUAAUGAAUUACGGUGAACUAUAAUCGGUGUAAAAGAAAAUUGGAAUGUAUAGUCAAGGUGUUUUACAUAUAUUCCGGUGUUAGGAAGUGCAAUGUUUCUUCACGGUGCUGGGUAAUAGCUAGGUUACAGAUAAGACUCCUUUGUGUUACCGAGUACAUUAAGCAAACGUUUCUCUGAAGCUCCUAGGGACGAUGCACACAUGUUAGAAGUAGUGUCUGUCAUCAGCCUGCCUCACACAAGUAAGUGUGUUCCUUUGUUGCUGGAAUGAAGAGUUGCAGAAACACAAUCGCACAAGCACAAAAAACGAGGAGACCCGGCACGAGGUGGACACACAAUAUACUUACAGUCACUCAGUAAUUCGUGCAAGGCUAUUUAUUGAAACGUUCCACAUUCAUAAUUCAUUGGACUGAGAAAAAAAAACAAUAUUUACUCCAUUCUGCUUUGUACUAUAUGAGAUGAUUUUUGGUUUGGUUUGGAUGUAGAUACAAAAUGGGCAGUUAGUAAGGCGGUGCUUUGUAGUCACAAGACAUGUAUGCUAAGCUUGUAAGCAUGUGAUCCAGGUCAGGUCAGGCGUCGUUCGGGAAGCUUGGCCUUUGUAUCGGCCCUUCCCUGAUGAUCUUCACUGGUCAGUUUUCAGCUCUUCAGUUGGUCGCGUCUAGAAUUUUUCUUUGUUCUCUCUUUCUCCACAUUUCAUAUAUCACUGGCUUGGUUUCUUCGAUCAGCUCUUCUUUAAAUAACAUAUGUCCUCUUCUUCCUCUGUAGUGAGUCUUUCUGUUUGCAAUAUCUUCUUUCUUUCACUCUAUUAUAUUUUAAGUUGAUGGGCUUCAAUUUUUGAGAAAGUUGUGAUUUGCAGGAAUUCCUUAUAUAACAAAAUAAUUAAAAUAUGACAUAUCUAU